UAUGCAUGGUUUAGUCUCCCCCACGCAACAAAUGGUUUAGUCCAUUGAGCUCUCUUACGGUGGCACUAAGCAACACGUGGGUGCUGCUGAAAGUUGCUGCCGGAGGAAGUAUAGCUGACUUGGGGUGACAAAGAAUAUAGCGCACUGGAUUUGGGGUUCUUUACUGCUGUGCCGUUCUGACCCCAAACCCCAUAUUUUAAGGCAUGGAGUUCGAGGAGCUCGGGAUUCGGGAAGAGUGCGGAGUUUUCGGCUGUGUGGCUGCCGGACAGUGGCCGACCCAGCUCGAAGUGGCACAGGUCAUAACUUUGGGGCUGGUAGCCCUACAGCACAGAGGUCAAGAAAGUGCUGGAAUUGUAACAAGUGAUGGAGCUGCCAAGCCAGUUUACUCAGUGCACAAGGGUAUGGGCCUUGUUAACACGGCUUUCCAGGCUGAGGAUUUGGAAAAGCUUCGGUCUGGUAACCUAGGAAUCAGCCAUACAAGGUAUUCAACUACAGGAGUGUCUGAGCUCCAGAACUGUCAGCCAUUUGUAGUUGAAACUCUACAUGGAAAGAUUGCAGUUGCUCACAAUGGAGAACUAGUUAAUUCUCAAAACCUACGUCGAAAGGUAAUGCAUCAUGGAGUUGGUUUGUCAACAAGUUCUGACAGUGAACUCAUAACUCAGCUAUUAGCAUUGACACCUCCAUUAGAAGAAGCUGGUGCUCCAGACUGGGUAGCACGAAUAAAGAAACUGAUGUCUGAAACUCCUACUUCUUAUUCUCUUCUUGUAAUGUUCAAAGAUGUAAUUUAUGCUGUACGAGAUCCUUAUGGCAACCGUCCUCUUUGUAUUGGUCGUCUUGUUCCAGCCUCAAAGCUUCGCAGUGCAGGAACUGAUGAUGCAGAUACAGAAGGAUGGGUUGUUUCCUCAGAGUCUUGUAGCUUCCAGUCCAUUGGUGCCAGGUAUUACCGUGAAGUUUUACCUGGGGAAAUAGUGCAGAUUUCUAAGCAUGGAGUGAAAUCCUUGAGUAUUUUCGAUAGGCCCGAAGGAGAUCUACCAGCCUUUUGCAUUUUUGAGUAUGUUUACUUUGCCAGACCAGAUUCAAUAUUUGAAGGGCAGAUGGUGUAUUCUGUACGUCAGCGCUGUGGACAGCAGCUUGCCAUUGAGGCACCCGUGGAAGCAGAUUUGGUCAGCACUGUUCCAGAGUCUGCAACACCCGCUGCACUGGGUUAUGCACAGCAGUCUGGGUUGCCAUAUGUCGAGGUUUUAUGCAAAAAUCGCUAUGUAGGAAGGACAUUCAUCCAACCCAAUACAAGGUUAAGGCAACUUGGCGUUGCUAAAAAAUUUGGGGCACUGACAGACAAUUUUGCUGGAAAAAGAAUUGUGCUUAUUGAUGACUCCAUAGUCAGAGGAAACACUAUCUCUCCAAUCAUUAGGCUGCUUAGAGAAGCCGGUGCUAAAGAGGUACACAUCAGAGUGGCAUCACCUCCUAUUCGUUUUCCUUGCUACAUGGGAAUCAAUAUCCCCACCAAAGAAGAACUCAUAGCCAACAAACCGGAAUUUAAAGACAUAGCUGGCUACAUCGGGGCAAACAGUGUGGUAUAUCUUUCUGUGAAUGGAUUAGUCUCUGCUGUUCAAGAAGGGAUCAGAUCACGAGAAGAACGAGAUUUGAUGAUAAAUGACAGAAAAUCUGAAAACAGCAGACCUGCUUUAAAAUCAGGACACUGUACGGCAUGCCUCACAGGAAAGUAUCCAGUUGAGCUGGAAUGGUGACUGUAGCAGAAAUGUCAAUGGAAUGAGAAAUGGCACCCAACCAUAAAACCAGCAUCAGAAUGACCAAGCAUUGUCUGUCUACACAAACAGGAGAAGCAAGCGUGUAUUCCAGGCAAACAAAGGUAUCAUGGUUGAUACCCAAAAGAGCUUGACUGUGUCAUUUUUGAUCAUACCAAGUUCACAUGGGAAGAAAUUGAACAAAUCCCUCUCUGGCAGUAGGCAUACUGAAUAUCAGUAUUUUUUUUUUUUUACAAAUUCUGUUAGAAAAAGGUGUUUUGAUUUUGAAAAAAUGCAAUUUUUAAUUAUCUUUUAACAUUUUUGCUGUUUACUUUAAUAAACAGUGAAAACUGAUUAAAAAUGGUUAUGAAUAUAAUACCUCUAAGUAUUUUUUUCCUUUGAAGUCAACAAUACUGUCAUACUGAUUGUAAACAUGUAAUCAGCUGCAUUUGCACAUUACUGUUACUUUUUAUGUUAUGUAAAAGGACCCAUGGACCUUGUUCUUUAAAAGAAGUAUUUGCUGUUA